AUGUCGAAACCAAAUCCAUUCAUGAACCUCUUCCGGCGCUACUACUCCCAACCCACGUCGUCGUUCCUGCGCACCACGCCCGCCCGCCGCAGCCCAUCAUCACCCACCACCCGUCCCCAAUGCCUGCGCACACGCAUCCUCUUCCCCCACGGGCCGCCCAAACGCAGCGUAGGCGGCGGUCCGGGCCUAGACCCGAAUUUCGUCUCGAUCCUCGACCGGCCGGCAAAGAUGGCGCGCGUAGGCAAACAGCACGGCCCGGGCCUCAUCAUCCUGGCCAUCAUCCCCAUCACAGCCUUCAUACUAGGGUGCUGGCAGGUGCAGCGCCUCGGCUGGAAAACCGAACUCGUCGCGCGCUUCGAGGAUAGAUUGACGUUUCCGCCCUUGGAACUCCCGCUGCGCAUCGAUCCGGCUGCGAUUCAGGAUUUUGAUUAUCGCCGCGUCUAUGCGAAGGGGGUGUUGAGACAUGAUCAGGAGAUGUUGAUUGGACCGCGCAUGUUGGAUGGCGAGGAGGGGUACACGGUUGUUACGCCGCUGGAACGGCGGGAUGCGAGGGGCAAUGUGCACAAGAUAUUGGCGUGUAGGGGGUGGAUUAAGAAGGAGGCUGCGCCGCAGUGGUUCCGCAAGAAGAAUGGGGCGCUGCCUGAGGGCGAGGUCACAAUUGAGGGGCUGUUGAGGAUACCGCCCAAGGGAAACAUGUUUACGCCGAAGAAUGAGCCGGAGAAGGGGAAGUGGUUUUUCCCUAGUGUCGAGGAGAUGGCGCAGCAUAGUGGGAGUCAGGCUGUAUGGGUCGAGGAGACGAUGACGCCUGAUUUGCUCACUAAUUAUGAACGUGAACCCAAGGGCGUACCGAUUGGUAGGGCGCCCACCGUGAACCUACGGAACAACCACACCCAGUACAUCUUCACAUGGUAUGCGCUCAGUCUCGCAACCUCGGUCAUGUUCUGGAUGGUUGUCAAGAAGCCAAUGUCGGGGACCCAACGGCGGGUACGACACAGUGUCGAUUGGUCAUGA